AAUCCCUCAAGAUAUGGGGAAGUCGAGUUAAGAAAAGCCAAUUGGGAAGCCAGUUGACAGCCACCACAGGCUCUGGUGUAAAAGUUCUUCAAAAUUUCCAACCAUUGGAAGAGUUGGAAGAAGGACAGAAAGGAGUAGGCGAUGGCACAGUUAGCCUGGGUCUAGAGGGUGAUGAGGAAAUGACACUUACAAGAUGGACAGGGAUGAUAAUUGGGCCUCCAAGGGUGGAUCCAAGGGCCAUGCCAGUGCUGGCAAAAUGGCAGAAAUCCCAUAGCAUCAAAGUCAUCCUGCAGGAGAAUCAGCAAUUGAUGAUGUCAAAAGAGAACAUGAAGCAAUGUCAGCCAACAGAAGGACAGUGUUACAGCAAUUAG